AUGCCACUAGACGAUCAACCGGCCAAUCCAGAUAAUUUUGCUGUGCAAAAUGUCUGCGAUGGAAGUGAAGGCCAAUUAAGCAACCAAGAUUUCCUACCAACCAGUCUACUCGCAGCGGAUACCUUCAUUUUCGAUGACUCCGCUUUACCGGCAGAUCAGUAUACCAAUGAUUGCGGUUUAGAUCUAUGCGACCCUCUUUCUGUUGAGGCUCCUUACGACGCUUUUGACCCAUCCCUGUUGGUUUCUAAUGUUACCGACCGAGCAACCCCGAGAAGUAGUUUUUCUGCGUCUUUUUCUUCUCUGGAUGCAUUAUCGGACAGAAUAAAUAUGACAUCUCCGACGGAUAGUUCUCGAAAUAGCCGCAGCAUAGAUUCAAAUCUCGUGCCAUCUGCAGACAUUCCUGAUACUGGAUUGUGGAAAUGGGAUCUCACCCCUAACACUAUUGACCCGGCAAUGCUGGUCGAAUCUCAUCAAGAAUCACUGCCCGCGCUCAAUUCUCUCCCACGGAUUCCACGCGCCUACAAUCCCAGGGCAAGUCUUCCCCGUCGCAGGAGUCGCUAUUUUCUUUCCAAAUGCAAUGAACGAGCGGUUCCGAUUCCGGUCCCCCAUCAAAGGGAACUGGAUCCGAUGCAAAGAUGGCAAGAAUCCCCGCCUGAGGAUGAGCCAGCUUCUUUUACAGCAAUUAUGAAUGCUGUUGAUGAAAUGCCAGCAGACCAACAGCUUGGUCGACAUUCUCAGGCCAGUAGCCCUCCGAAUGCCUUCGGAGGCUAUCGACAGCCAUCAUCUAUAACAAGUGGAGAAUACAGCGUUUCAUCUGCAGAAUCCGUAGGUUCCUCUGCAGGCCGUUCAACCCCCCAGAGCGGUCAAAGCCGUCGAUCGCGUGGGCGUGUCACCAAAAAGUCCAAGUCAAAGCCCUGGAAUGAUGGCAAGCCGCGUCCAUUUUGUUGCACGUUCUGCUGUGAUCGCUUCAGAAGCAAGUACGACUGGGUCCGACACGAAAAAUCACUGCAUUUGAAUUUGGAAGCCUGGUAUUGUGCUCCUUUCGGUCCAUCCGUAUUUUCUCAAGUAACUGGGAGAGAACAUUGUGUAUAUUGUGAUGCGGCGGAUCCGACCCCUGAUCAUUUUACUACGCACAUGUACGAUGAGUGCCAGAAGCUCUCCAAAUCUAAUCGUUCCUUUCGAAGAAAGGAUCAUCUUGUUCAACACCUUCGUCACUUCCAUCACGUCGACACUGUUCCACUAAUCGAUAACUGGAAAGUGGUAACCAAUGAUAUCACCUCAAGGUGUGGAUUUUGCAACCAAAAUCUGGACGACUGGGAUGAGAGAAUAGAACAUUUGGGGGAUCAUUUUCGAAAAGGUCUUACAAUGAAGGACUGGCAAGGUGACCAUGGGUUCCCUCCAUCCAUAACCGCGCAGUUAAAAAACGCAUUCCCUCCAUACCUUAUUGGAGCAGAGUCUGAAAGCCUCAUACCAUUCUCUUCAACAAACGCCGACGUUCGAGACCAUUACGCACAGAUGUCCACUCGAGUACAAGGCGCGAAUGAGAAUGAGAAUAAUCGGCAUACGUCGAUGAUAAAUGCCUCGCCAGAUCAAGGCAAGUUGCAGUUUGAUAACUUCUUGGGCAACUUUACACGCCAUUUGGGACAAUAUGCAAGAAAGCAGAUGGAAGCCGGAGUCAUUCCUACAGAUGAAAUGUUUCAACAGGAAGCGAGAAGGGUGAUCUUCGAUUGCGAAGAUGCAUGGGAUCAAACUAUUGCUGACGAUCCAAGAUGGCUCUCCUCGUUUCGACAACUACACUGUGAGAAGGAAGAUACCGCGCCAAUCUCAUAG